AAAUGUGCAUAAAAUUUCAUUUUUAUUUCAAACCUACGCUCAUAGACAGACCAUCAUAUCAUAGUAUAUGUCCUGUCGUGCAUUGUUAAAAGCUUCAAUCCUCUCUCAAAAGCACCACCACCAAAUGGAAGCCGACGGCGACUCUCCACCGUUCUGGGCUCAGCCCCCCACCACUCUCCUCCUUCCCCCCCGCCGCCGUCCUCAGCCGUCUCCGCUCUUCAACCCGGUGGCUCUUAUCUUGGCUAUCCCGAUACUCACCUUGCUCGUUUUAUUUUUCCUAGUCCCGCCGUUUCUGUCCCACACUAAUCAAAUUCUCAGGCCUAAUUCGGUUAGGAAGAGCUGGGAUUCUCUCAACAUCGUGUUGGUCUUGUUUGCUAUUCUUUGCGGAGUUUUCGCUCGCCGGAACGAUGAAGCUCCGGCCUCCGGGGAUGAUGAUGCUGCCGAUCAGGGGAGGUUGGAGAGUGUUUCGAAUGUAUCCAGUUUUGUUACCAAUCCCAGGCAAUCUGUUCCGUCGUGGAUGGAUUUUCCGGAUCGGAAGGAGUAUAAUAGGAUCAGUGGUGGCGGUAGGCUGAGGAGGAGCAGCAGCUCUUAUCCUGAUCUGAUAAGGCAGGAAUCGUUGUGGGAAAGUGGUGGUGGAAACAGGUCCAGAUUUCUUGAUGAUUUUGAGGUGAAUUUUUACCGGUCCCCGCCGCCGGGAAAUCUUGAACGCCGUCCGAGGCGGAGCCAUGAGGCGGAGAGGGGAGAACAGGAGACGCUUGUUAGGGAAAUUCCGGUGGAUAAAUUUGAAGUCAGUUCAUCAGCCCCGACGCCGCCGAAGUCGCCGGCUCCUCCUCCACCCCCUCCGCCUCCACCCUCUGCGGCCACUUUGAAGCCGAGACGGUCUCUCCAUAGUGUUCCACGUACGGCAGAAGUUGAGAGGCACGGAGAUGAAGCUGAAAUUAGAGAAAACCGACGGUCAGUGCCUCCUCCGGCACCACCUCCUCCACCCCCGCCGUCGAAGCCACCGCCACCGCCUUCAGCGCCGGUACCAGCACCAGAGUUUCAGUUUCCUGUGGAAAUACGUGAAAUGAUUCACCGGAAGAAGAGUGGUACGACAAAAGAAAUCGCGACAGCGAUAGCUUCGUUGUACAAAGGUCAAAGGAAGAGAAAGAAGAGAGCGAAAAGUAGAGAUAUUUACAACAGUGCCACUCAAAACUCUUCUCCACCUUCAAUCCUAGAGCCACAAUCGACUCCUCCGCCUCCACCUCCACCUCCACCGCCUCCUCCUCCGCCUUCUAAUGUGUUGCAAAACCUGUUCAAAAAGAGCACCAAAAGCAAACGUGUACAUUCUGUUCCCACCACCAUACCGCCACCUCCUCCUCCACCGCCGCCUCCGAACUCCAUUUUCAAUAAUCUAUUCAAAACAGGCAGCAAAAGCAAGCGAUUCCAACAGUCCUCCACAGCUCCGCCGCCCCCGCCACCUCCACCGCCGCCUUCAUCAAUACUCAAUUCUUUAUUCAAAAACGGAAGCAAAAGCCGGCGCUUCAAAAACGUUACCACCACCCCACCCCCUGCACCACCUCCUCCCCCAGCAACUCCUCCCCGGCGCCGCCAUCUCAACACCGGCAAGCCACCAAAACCCACAAAACCGAGCCCACAGUACCACGAGAACGUGAUCAUUGCCCCACCGUCGCCGCUGAUCCCACUGCCCCCACCUCCCCCUCCGCCCCCAUUCAGAAUGGCGGAACUCAAAUUCGUCGCCCAAGGAGAUUUCGUGAGUAUCCACAGCGCACAUAGCUCCCGGUGCAGCUCGCCUGAGCUGGAAGACAUAGACUUCAUGUCAGUGAAAUUCGACGUCGGAGACUCAGCCGGGCCCUCGAUUUCUUGCCCCAGCCCAGAUGUAAAUGUGAAAGCCGACACUUUCAUAGCCAGGCUCCGAGACGAGUGGAGAUUGGAGAAGAUGAAUUCAAUAAGAGAGAAACGGCAGCUAGGCUGAGGCCCGGUCCGAUAUGCAUAAUCUCCAUUCAAUCUGACUGUUGAUCCGCUGGCUUGUCUUUUUAGAUUAAUUUUUUGGUUUCUUACACGAGAUAAAAGAUUUGACUACCAUUUGGUAAUUAAAGAGAAGAGUAAAUAGAGUGAAGAACGAUGAUGAUAUUUGGCUCCAUUUGUGCGUUUUUAAAUCUCAAAUUGGAGCAGUUUCCAACCGUAGAGGAAGAAGAUGAAGAUGUGGAGUUGAUAAUUACUACAAAAUAGUACUAUGUUUGGAGUGUUUGAUGAUGAUGAUGAUGUACACAGUACGAUAUUCGAAAAGUUUGAUUUUGGAGUUUGAUGUAAUGUGGCUCUGAUUCCGUUUUUUUGCCC